CCUCAUAACCCACAUCAGAAAGCCAAACUACAAGCUUCAGUCUCCACCAUCCACUUACAAUAUCAGAAUUCUGAAGCCAAAGCCGGUUCUCACAUUCAAAUUAUGGCAAUAUCAUCACUCUCAUUGAGCUGGGUUUCCACUACCUUACCUGACAAUAAGUUGAAUUUGCUCAAUCAUAAUGAGGUUCCGAAAGCUACCGCUGCUUACUUUUCCGGUAAAACCAUCACAUGCUCCAGUGAGACAGCUUCCAGUGAAGAAAGCUAUUACAAGAGAAGGCCACUACUCUUGGGAGUUGGAGCACUAACUACAAGUCUACUUCAUACAAGUUCCCUCUUGGCUGAAGGAAUACCUGACAAGUUCCGAGGUUAUGUUGACAAAGAAGAUGGCUAUUCAUAUUAUUACCCCUCUGAUUGGAGGGAUUUUGACUUCAGGGCACAUGACUCUGCUUUCAAGGACCGAUAUAUGCAACUUCACAAUGUUAGAGUGAGAUUUAUACCCACAGACAAAAGUGACAUCCAUGAUUUGGGUCCAUUGGAAGAGGUUGUUCCCUAUUUGGUGAGACACAAAUUUGCUGCACCAAACCAAGUAGAAAAGAUAUUCGACAUGCAGGAGAAAACUAUAGAUGGGAAGAGCUAUUACACCUUCGAGUAUGGACUCACAUCUCCGAACUUCUCUACCACUUCCUUUGCGACCAUAGCCAUUGGAAAUGGGAGAUAUUACACCCUAAUCGUCGGAGCAAAUGAGAGACGGUGGAAAAGAUACCGCAACCAGCUUAAAAUGGUUGCAGACUCUUUCAGAAUGCUUGACAUCUAAAAUGCAAUGUCAUGGAAGGCAACCACCAAUGUGAAAUUUCCAUCUGGUGUAUAUAGUAUUCCAAGUUCUUCCUGGAACAGAACAAUGGCUACAACUAGAGAGUACAUGAGGAAAGCAAGAAGAAAUCACUUUGUCUGAUUUCAAAAUAUAUACAUUUAACUACUUACAUCCUGGUCAA